CUGAACAUGGCGGACAACGGUAGUCAAUACCCGUUACAUGAGUGUGUUUUUCGUGGUGACGUCCGCCGUGUUUCAGCUCUUCUGAGAACCCACGAUGUUAGUCAGAAAGAUAUACACGGAAACACUCCACUUCACUUGGCUGUCAUGCUGGGCCAAAAAGAAUGUGUUCAUCUGUUACUGGCACACAAUGCACCAGUAAAAGUAAAAAAUAGCCAAGGAUGGAGCUGUCUAGCGGAGGCAAUCAGCUUCGGUGACCGACAGACCAUCCUAUCUCUGCUGCGGAAGUUAAAACAGCAGUCCCGGGAGGCCAUGGAGUUCCGAAGGCCGGAUCUGGUUCACGUCUUAAACCUCAUGGGCGACUUCUACAUGGAACUCAAAUGGGACUUUCAAAGUUGGAUACCACUAGUGUCGAGGAUACUACCGUCUGAUAUAUGUAAAAUCCACAAAAAGGGCUCAAACAUCAGGUUAGACACGACUCUCGUAGACUUCAACGACAUGAAAUGGGAAAGGGGUAAUAUCACGUUUCUCUUCACCGGAAACGACAAACCUUCAAAGUCCUUGACGGUGCUCGACAACAACCUCAGGGUGUACCAGAGCGUCCGGUACGAGGACACUGAGGCAGAGAUUGAAGACGAGGUCGACAUCCUCAUGAGCAGUGACAUCGUCGCGGCUCAGAUUUCUACAAAAUCUGUCACAUUCCAGCGGGCACAAAGUGGGUGGCUUGUACGGGAAAACAAGACGGAAGCGGUUGGAAAGUUUCUAGCAGAUUUUUAUUACAUCAACGGGCUCACCUUUGAAUCUAGAAAAAGGAGGGAACAUCUCACGGAGGAGGACCUGCAUAAAAACAAGGCUAUAUUCGAAAGCUUUACCAGGGGCAGCGCAGUAACGAUGGACAAUAACGAGCAACCACAGAGGCGAAGAUCUCUCCUACCCCCACAACCAAGGAAGGUUACAUAUCGGGAGUAUAUCUCCGCCCCUGCCGGCUGCCCUCCUCUCCUAGGGCGUUCAGCCAUCAGCAAAACCACGACCAAAGUCUUCAAGGCCACACUUGCAAUGAGUCAAGAAUUCCCACUCUCAGUAAACUCGCUACUAAACGUUCUAGAAGGAAUAGCUCCUUUCCGCCACUUCAACAAGCUACGAGAGUUUGUAAAGAUGAAACUACCUCCCGGAUUUCCAGUAAAAAUAGACAUCCCAAUUUUACCGACCGUCACCGCGCGGAUCACCUUCCAAGACUUCGAGUUCAGGGACAACAUCGACGACGCCCUCUUCGAGAUCCCGCCGGACUACCGCGAGGACCGCAACCGCUUCCCGGACUUAUGAUGCCUGGACGAGCUCCUGUUGGUCUCACUGGAGGAGCGCCGCCACGGCCCCUUCCUAUUGGCUCGCCGCUGUCGCCGGCGGCGACCGCCGACGGAGGUCGUGGUCCUCGACAUCCCCUUGGCCCUCGGGUACGGCAGCCCCUUCUCGUCGAGCCUGGCGGUAGUGUUCGACACCUGACGUCACCUGUACAUAGAAGUUUUUUUUUUUUUUUUUGGCAGACGGUCGUUCCGUGGAGCACUUGUAAAUAUAUAUAUCGUCCGACGGGUCGAGGAGAUCGUCCAGCCCUGUUAGCACUGGUCCGAGAGCAUGUCCAAGAGGUGAUCUUUGAGCUAGAAAAAAAAAUUGAGCGAAUGUCUCGCAGUUUUGGUUCCUCAUCGAUCACCUUGUAUCCCCAAAAGCAAAGUUUUGUGCCAAGUGUGCCAAAGUUGUUCUGUCACGGUUGUGUGUUCUGCUUCGUAACACGUCCCUGCUUCCGCAGGCACCUCGCGGUAUUGAGUCUUUAUUUAUGUGUGUCGAACACCUGGUAAGCCUUAAUAUAUGAGCAAGGCUAGUCGUGUACGCGUUCUGCGUUGUUUUCUUCCGCGUCUGCGAUGCACGAAAGAUAACGCGUGUAAAUUUAUUAAAUCGUGUACUUAAAACACGUUUCAGCCAAAAGUAGGCCACAAGUUCCCUUUCCACAACUUCUUCGCCUUCCUUUCGAACCCCUCUGCCUUUUUCGUUACUCUCGGUUUCGAUGCUUUUUUUUUUUUUUACGUUUCACACGUCGCAUCUGAAAGUGUUACGCGUGAUUCCCGUUUUUAUGUGUGCUCGUUAGAGGUGAUUAUGAACUCGAUGUGCAGCGAAAAAAAAAGUAUUUCCAAGAUCACAUCUUAGACGUUUCUUUGAUGUCAGUGUGAACGGGCGCGCUGUUUGCGAGAACGCCACCGAACGGGCUCUUUGUGGUCGGACAACGUGUGAGCUGCUGAAAGUAUACACGGGGGUCUCCAGAGAUAAAUAGUUGUUGCUGCAGCUCCUCCAAUCCGUAUGCAACUUAGUUAACGAGUUUUUGACGAACAGCAGCGUCUUCUGUUCUUGUUAGUACCUCCUGGCACGCGUAGGACGUGGCUGAUUUCUAAGGUGCAGCUCUUUCAGCGAGCAAUAACGCUCCAAAAUUGAUGGCCGUGACAAACUCCCGUGACCACUUCCACGAGGUCUUCCUGCCUUUUUCUUAUCUGUUAAGCUCCCGUUUUGUUUAUAUGCACAGUUAGAGUAGCAGGAGCUCGUAUCACUGCAGGCUGGUCGUGGACGGCGUGAUCCGCAGAAAGAGCUGUAGCUCGUAACUUAAAAAUUCAUUUUAGUCGCUCCGCCGCGUUUUUAACGAGGCCGCGGGUCCAAUUAAAGUUAGUGCGAACUGGAUUUUGUGUCAUGUUUGACCACCGCAAGGUUACAAAACAUUGUUAGCAGACAGAGAAAGAACUGUACAUUUUAUCUGUGGAAACCCCAAUAUUUUAAAGCAACCUGUUUUCUUUUUCUUUCCUACCUGUCAGUCUAGCAUUAUUUCAGCAGAUAUAUACAGUCAAACUCCUUUAUAGCGAACACCUUUUUAACGAAAAUACCACUACAGCAAAUUUUUUUGCGGUCCCGUUGGAGCCCUAUAGGUCCAAUAAUGGACAUCCUUUUUAACAAAAAUACCUUUACUGCGAAUUUUUUUUGCUGUCCCCUGAGUUUCGUUGUAAAGGAGUUUGACUGUAGUAUCCUAUUUUUUCUCAUCAUUGUACUUUCUGUAUACAAGCAGUAUUUGUGCUGCAGCAAGGCAGCUGUCUGUUCCACUUCCUGUUCCCCACCUGUUCCCACCUGUUCCACCCGCUGUUCCAUCUCCUGUUCCACUUCCUGUUCCCACCUGUUCCACUUCCUGUUCCCACCUGUUCCACCCCCUGUUCCACCCCCUGUUCCACCCCCUGUUCCAUCUCCUGUUCCAUCUCCUGUUCCACCUCCUGUUCCACUUCCUGUUCCCACCUGUUCCACCCCCUGUUCCACCCCCUGUUCCAUCUCCUGUUCCACUUCCUGUUCCACUUCCUGUUCCACUUCCUGUUCCACUUCCUGUUCCCACCUGUUCCACCCCCUGUUCCAUCUCCUGUUCCAUCUCCUGUUCUACUUUCUGUUCCACUUCCUGUUCCACCUUCCGUUUUCUUCCCACGAGUACGCCUUCUGUUUGAUGUGCUCGUUAUAACUAUUUUUUCUUGUCGUCGUUGCUUCCAGUAUUUUUCGCAAGCUUCCCACGUUAUCAUGCACCAUGCGUUGCAACACACACACACACACACAAAAGAAAACGGUGGUUUUGUAUUGGAGCGCUCUCAACUACUGCCACGUAGAUAUCACUACGAGAACUAUACUAACUUUGAUACAGAAAGUGACGCGUCCGCAAAGCGUACGCGUCGAAGCUCAACAACAGCCGCAGUUCAGGAAGCUGACUGCGGAAACAGAUUUCUUUUGAUGCCCUAGUCGAAUCUAGAAUACGUAUAUAGUUUUGAACACUUUCCAAUAUUUAUUUUUACCCCUCGCAAAACAACAGCGCACAUCAAUGUGCCCUUCGUGCAAGUACCCUAGCGUUCACCCUAUGCACACCACAGAGUGUGCGCCGUAGGGCAUUGAGCAGUGUAUAUUCAGCCGGUACGUCGGAAAUUAUGUAAGCACCGCGGUAUUUAUAUAUAUCCACCCAGAGAAGUGUGAUCCCCUGGCCACGCUUGUCGAAGGAAUGUAUAAUAACGUAGGGUUAUGUGAAGCAGAACGUUUAGCCUGUGGUUGAUAGUUAAGAAACGCGCGAAAUGAGUGUUAAUAAAAAGAAAAAAAAGUACAUCCUAUGACUGCAAUAAACUGUACCAUCACAUCCUCAGUCACCCUUGCUUGCAGGAUGUGUACAUAAAUGUCA